AUGCCUACUUCAACGUACAUUACCCUGAUGGUCAUCUACACAGUACAAGGAAUAAUUAUCAUCGUUGGAAACGCGUUCACUAUCUUCGUCUUUUGGACCCAGAGAUCCCGCCUAACACGUAUUUAUUUCCUUCUUGUCAACCUCGCAGUCGCUGAUUUUCUUGUGGGGAUUACAGAACUCAUUGUCAUAGGAACCGUGAAAUUUCAAGAUAUUGGAGAGGGUUACGCAGGCGGUGUAUUAAGACAGAGCCGAUCAAAUCCCUCAGCGGCAUUUGUUAUGCUUUUUUCGAAUUCGUCCGUUUAUUUUCUCGCCCUUGUCUCCUUGGAACGUGCUUUCGCCGUCUUGUGGCCAAUCCGUCAUCGCGUUACAAACAGUCAGUUUUACAUCUAUAGCAUCGUUAUUGUUUGGGUCGUCGGCCUUGUUUUCUUUGCUUUUACCGUAUUAUCCUUCCAUUUUUCAGAAGUAAAGGGGGAAUAUGUUUUUGUCGCGAGUAGGAUAUGCUUUCUUAUUCCCAUCUUGAUAAUUUGUGCAAGUUACCUUAGCAUAAGUACUCGAUUGCGCGCAACAUCAUCGUCCACGAUAGACAAUCAUAAGCACGGAUCAAGGGAGCACAAUUUACGCCUUGCAAAAACACUUUAUAUCACAAUUGCUUCAUCGCUUGUGUUUUGGAUGACUGGUUUUGUCGUCUACUCAACGAGUGGAUUCUGUCCUGGAUGCCUUUCUACACCACAGGUUUUUUGGCUCGUGGAUGCCAUGCAUAUGGCAAAUUCUAUGGUGAACCCUCUCGUCUACAGUUUCAGAAUGCAAAUUUUCAAAGACGCUUUAAACAAAUUCCGAGGAAAAGGACGACAGAACGUAAGA